GUUCCUUCAACGCCGGAGACACACGGUGUGCGUGUGUGCAGCAAAGCAAAACUCGACGAGCGGUCAGCGACGACGAGCUACUUGGACGCAGCUUUUCCCUUCUCGGCACAACCGUACACGUUUUUUUGCACUUUUCUUUUGUUGCUGUGCGCUGUCCCAAAGCAGCCGGCUCCCGGUCCAGGUGGCAACCGUUUUGCGACGCAAAAUAUCACCAGCCAAAGGUGGUGUACACCAGUGAGCGCCGCGUGGUAGUGUUUCCGCUCGUCGACGCGCCUCCAUCCCCUCGACAGACCAAACACCGUGUGUGUGUGUGUGUGUCGGUGGAAGUGUGUGUGUGUUUGUUGUGUGUCGUGUGCGCACCGUGUCAGCUUACGUCGUUCCGGGGACCGUUUCCGGAGACCGACAGGCUCGAGCCGGAAGAAACCGGAGCCGGGUGGCAACAGCGCUGAACGGUCUCGAGACUAAUUGACGCGUGCAAGCGUUCCGCGUUAGCGGCGGGACCAUAUUGCGCAAGGGCAACACUUCCAGCAACCCCCUCUCAUCCCGGGCCGGGCCGCACGCCCAUCAACCGGCAGCCGCCUCGCAGCAAUCAACAACACGACGCGACGCAACAAUGAGCGAAAGCACAUCGACCGCGACGACGUCGGCCGCGAGCAGCGCGGAGGACAAUGCGCGCAAGGUGCAACAGUACAAAGACAACCUGAUCAGCCGCGCCGAAACACUCAUCACGAAAGAGUUCCCCGAGCGGAUCGUGCGCCUGAACGCCCUGCUCGACACGCCGCAGUUCUCCGAGCGCAGCUUCACCGACGUCUAUCAGGAGCUGAACAUUCCAGUCCCGGAACCGAUCCUGGUGGAAGGGGAGGAAGGCAGUGAGCGGAAGCGUCCCCGGCUCAACUCGAACACGCCCAGCCCGGCGGCAACGGUCGACGGCAACGGCACGAAGGUGCACGCCCUGCCGACCGGGCGGGUCGAGUGCAACAAACCGAUCGGCGAGCUGGUCUGCAUCGUGAAGCCGAUCAUCCGCGCGCUGGUGGAGGACUCGAAUCUGCUCAAGAUGUGGAUCUCCUUCAUGAUACCGAAGAUCGAGGACGGCAACAACUUCGGCGUCUCGAUCCAGGAGGACACGCUGGCCGAGAUCCAGUCGGUCGAGACGGAGGCGGCCGCCUUUUUCGACCAGAUCUCGCGCUACUUCGUGUCGCGCGCGAAGGUGGUGUCGAAGGUGGCCAAAUACCCGCACAUCGACGACUACCGGCGGGCGGUCGCCGAGCUGGACGAGAAGGAGUUCCUCAGCCUGUGGCUGGUGCUGAGCGAGAUCCGGAAUCGCUACUGCUCGCUGCACGACAUCGUCAUCAAGAACAUGGAGAAGCUGAAGAAGCCCCGCUCCUCCAAUGCGGACAGUUUGUACUAAAAACAACAACCAACAAAAAAAUGGGGGAGGGAAAGGGUUUUUGUUGACCUCGGUCACACUGUUCCCACCACUCUCCCCAGCGCACCCUUCUACUUCUUUUCUGAAACAAAAACACACACACACACCCAAACACACGUGCCAGUGGGUGUAUUUGGGCUCCGCUGAUCACUCUGAUCUGCAAAAGCUGCAUCUUGGCGGCUGGCAAUUAAAAUUCCGCAAUUCACGAAGAUAUCGCAUGACAGCACAUGCCGGUAUGUUCUUCCCCUUUCCCGCUAUCAAUUUCAACCAAUUUACAAUUUCCUUUCCUUUGUUUGAUGCGCAAGCGAUGACAAGAACAACAAAAGUGAAAUCCCUAAUAUGGUGCAACUCCCGUAAAUCCCGUCUCGUAAAUCGUAACCGCCAGGGAAGCGACAAUGAUGGUCUGAAGAUACGGUGUCUUUGGAUUUUUAUCACACCAUCCACACCCACACACACACAAUUCUAUUCAGACCUUCCUCCCCCCUAAUACGGGUCCAUAUGUGUACUCUAUACAGCAACGUAUUCGGGGUGAAUAAAGC